GUCACAUGCCAACUACGCUGCAAAAUCUGUACUCCACCAGUAUAUUAGAACAGAUUGUGGAGCUGAGGUGUUAUUGAAUUGCUCCUGUCCUGCUAAUUACAGGGAGACAAAGAGAUAGAGAAGUAGAUAAGAUGGACGCUGCAGAGACUGUUUUGGCGGAGGUGGAAAAAACCGAAUUUUCUUGGAAGGUGUUCAGCGACCCGGUACACGGUGACAUCACUCUCCACCCGUUAUGCCAGGUCAUCGUCGACACACCCCAGUUUCAGCGACUGCGUCACAUCAAGCAGCUCGGGGGAGGCUACUUCGUCUACCCUGGCGCCGCACACAACCGCUUUGAGCAUUCCAUUGGAGUCUACCACCUGGCUAGAAAACUGGUCAAGAAACUUCAAGAGAGGCAUCCCGAAAAUAUCGACAACAAAGAUGUACUUUGUGUAGAAAUUGCUGCCCUCUGUCAUGACUUGGGACAAGGACCGUUUUCUCACGUGUUUGACACCAUGGUCAUCAAUCGUAUGAAGAAAGAGAAUAAACCAAAGGGCAAAAAAGCGAAGGAAAGUGAAAUAAAGGAGAAAAGGUGGAAGCACGAAGAUGGCUCAUGGGACAUGCUUGAUCACAUGAUCGAGCAGAACAGUCAUCUGAAAGAAGAGAUGAUUAAAUACGGGAUUCUGGGCAAAGAAAACGCUGGACCAAACGGGAAUCUGAAUCUGAAUUUCAUAAAGAAUCUGAUCAACCCUCCGUUUGGUGUAGACAAAAAAGAUCAAGACAGUGGUCAGGGACUGGAGAAAAAAUUUCAGUUUAAGAAAAAGCUAGAUGAUGGUCGAGGACCUGAGAAAAACUUCCUGUAUGAGAUCGUGGCCAACAAGAGGAGUGAGGUGGACGUGGACAAAAUGGACUACAUCGCCAGGGACUGUCUUCUCCUUGGCAUGCGCAGUAGCUUUGACCACGAUCGCUUCAUUAACUUUGCCCGCGUGGUCCAAGACGCUGAUGGGGAAAUGCGACUAUGUCCCCGAGAUAAAGAAGCUGUUAAUAUCUACCAGCUGUUUCAAACUCGCCACUCCCUGCACAAGAAGGCUUACCAGCACAAAGUGAAGUGCGGUGUGGAAUAUACGAUUGCGGAGAUUCUAUUUAAAGCUAAAGACGUGAAGUUCAUUCCUGGCAAGGACGGACAGGACAAGACAAUAGAAGAAUGCAUCGACGACAUGCACGCCUACACAAACCUCACCGACGAUGUUCUGCAGGUGAUCCGAGUCAGUAAAGACCCACAACUUGCAGAGUCGAGAGAACUACUCAAGGCCUUUGACUCGCGAGAUCUCUUCAGAUGUGUGGCAGAAAGCAAGCCUUCAAAAGAUUUUACCAAAGAUGAUCGACAGAAGAUCAAAAAAGAACUUGCCGAAAAGUCAAAAAUUAGCAAAGAUCAGAUCCGAGUAAAGCUAGUGAGCCUCGACUUUGGCAACAAAGGCGAGAAUCCUCUAGAACAACAGCUUUUCUACAGAAAGAAAGACCACGGGACGGCAAUACCAAUCCAUCAGACUGAGGUGAAACUUUUUCUCCCGGAAAAAAACUAUCAAGAACAUCUUUUCCGAGUCUAUCUCAAGCCUGUCCCAAGUGAGACAAAGGAAAUCCGUAAAAGAAAGGAGGAUCUUCUCAACAGUCUUUUCCCAGACAUUAUCAAGGAAGUGGAAGAGGAGAAACGCUCUCAGCAGGCUGCAGGUACAUCAGCACCGUAGUCUGACCAAGAAACCAGAUGAUGGUCUUCAACUCUUGUUCAACAGCAUCAAAGAAUUGUUCAUGAGUUUGGGUCUGUGUGUAUACGAGGGAGAUUUUAGUACCACGAUAUAUAAUCACAGUUAAACUUUAUAUAUAUAUAUAUUUGAAUUAACUUUAAAUCGUUUUACUUUUUUGCAAGCUUUUUAGGCUGAAAUAUAGAGUCGAGCCUUGUAGAGUUCUGCACGUGUGACUUUUGAACUAAAGACUAACUCUCGUUACCAGCUUGCAUUCAUUUGAAAUAUUUGCUGUUUUCAUAAGCUAGAAAUAAUACAAAAGGAAUCCAGUGGACAGUAAAAAACAUUUAUUGGUUCUUGUGUUAUGUCUUAUUUUAUGCAAUUGAAUAAAAUGCAAUUUACCAAAA